AUGGUUCCUGCGCCUACCCGCGAUACAAUUAUUCUGCCCCUAUCGGGAGUCCGCCCAGCCAAGAUGAGUCUGGGAACAAUACUAGUGAUCCUGAGCAUACGAAAAGUCUUACAGGCCCUCAUCCUCAAGGAAUUCUUACACCUGUGUUGCCAGGAACCUGGUCUCUAUCCAAUCUCCAGGCUGCCACUGCGGUGCCACGUUCCAGGCGACACCUUCACGCUAAAAAAAAGGUGGGCCAAGAGCUUGCGGCAAUAUCUGAGCGCCCGCGUUUCUGGUGACAGCCAACUCCCGACCAGCCGACUUUACUAG